UUUCACUGAUUGGCUGCCCGGUUGUGCUCGCCUGUGUGGGUGCGAGUUGUCCUGCGCGCCCUGUGCUGUCUCUGCAGCCGCCGGUUCCUGUGUAGAGGCGACGUCACGCCCGGGAGCGGAUGGCGCUGUGUGUGAGGAGGCUCCGCGGUGUCCCGGGGCUGGGCAGGAGCGGAGUGAGAGGAGCCGGGUUAGCGGCGGGGAAACUCCGGGAAGGGAGCCGGGUCCGCGACGUCAUUUUGUUCCGAGAAUUGCGCCCCUCCCCCGGGAUUAGCACUCCAGUGAGACCGCCAACGGCUAUCGCUCUUUCCCCACGUAGCAAGCCUGUGGGCAUCAGACUGUGUUCAGCGCCCUCUGAGCAGGACAGAGCUGUGCAGCAUCUACAGGACAUUGUCAUCCAAAAUAAACUACCUCCAAAACCAGUAUCCCAGUUCUUCCACCAUGCCGAGCCCAGCGACAGCUUCCCUCCUGACAGGGAGUGCGGCCAUCUUAGCAGCGCACAGCUGGACUGUUUUAGAAGUCUCUUUGAACCCGGAGUGUGCAGGACCCCUUACCAAGCUCUGGCAUUUCCCACCCCGGCAGCUCAAGAAGGUCUCUUAAAGUUUACCCUCAGUGCCAAAACUGCGGGGGGUCAGGCAACCGGGAGCGAGCAGCCCAGUAUGGAAGAGCAUCUGGCGGUAAUGCACGAGAAGCUGAGGGAGGAGCUGCCGAAGUUCUUGUGGAAGCCGGCGAAUGCUUCUCUGUACAGAAAGGACGUGGAGUUCAUCAGCCGCGCAUUUCACGUGCACUUACGCGGUCUGAUUAAGUACCAGCUCUUCCUGACCUUCACCCGGCUGCUGCUGCUGAGUUAUUAUAGCAACUCUCAUGUCUCAGUCUUGAAGCUGACCUCUCACCCGGAGACCAACAGUAUCCACGCCCGCUGGUCCUUCACUGGCCUUCCGCUGCACUGCCUCCUCAUCUACAUUCUAAAGAGUGACAAGACAGAGCUGUACAGGACGUACGAUGCUUUCUCCAUUUUUCAGCUUGCACCUGAUGGUCUGAUAGGUUUACAUAAAGUAGAGCGGGUGAUGCCAUCGUCACCACUUACUGUAACCAAGAAGACCGUACUGGCUGCUGCACUGCUCGCUUUAGGACUGGGGCCAGAUCGGCCUGCGUUAAAUCUUCUCUCCACCCCUAAACUGCCCGACAAAUUGUAACCUCUGCUGAACUGGGAGUGUACUGUGCACUGCUGCUGCCGCCCCCUUAGCAAGUCCUACCUAGUAUAAAGACAGACCGUGCCCGGAGAUGCCGCCUCCUAGAGCCCAACAAAACCAGAUGCUGCAGAGCCCAUCUAGAAUAACCAAAGGCCUUAGUGCCCUGUAACCCGUCACUG